UACAAGGCCUCAUAAGGAGGGGGAAGUCCCUGGUGUGGAUUAUAUUUUCAUCACUGUUGAAGAUUUUAUGGAACUAGAGAAAAGUGGUGCUCUCUUAGAAAGUGGAACAUAUGAAGAUAAUUACUACGGUACUCCAAAGCCUCCUGCUGAGCCAGCCCCACUACUAUUAAAUGUCACAGAUCAGAUACUCCCAGGUGCAACACCCAGUUCGGAAGGCAAACGGAAAAGAAACAAGUCAGUGAGUAACAUGGAAAAGACGGGAAUUGAACCUCCAGAAGAGGAGGAGGAAGAGAAAGCUGUGGUCAAUGGCAAUGGCAUGGCAAUCACACCAGAGUCAAGUGAACAUGAAGAGAAGAGUACAGGUGUCUCAGGUGAAACUUCAUCUCAGCCUUAUCCUGCUCCCGUUUAUAGCCAACCGGAAGAAGUAAAAGAAGAUAUGGAUGUAACAAAGCAGCCAAAACUUGAAGAAAACAAUGAACUGGGCCCAUUGCCUGAUAAUUGGGAAAUGGCUUACACAGAGAAAGGGGAAGUCUACUUUAUUGACCAUAACACAAAGACUACAUCAUGGCUGGAUCCACGACUGGCGAAAAAGGCUAAACCUCCAGAAGAGUGCAAAGAAAAUGAUCUUAAUCUAAUGGGUUGGAUCCAAAGGUUCCCUUCUUCCAACGGAGGAAGCUUUCCUCUGACAAAGGAAGAGAAUGAAGAACUACCAUAUGGCUGGGAGAAAAUUGAUGAUCCCAUUUAUGGCACUUAUUAUGUUGACCACAUAAAUAGAAGGACCCAAUUUGAAAAUCCUGUUUUGGAAGCCAAAAGGAAGUUACAACAGCGUACCAUGCCCAACGCAGAACUUGGAAUCAAGCCUAUGCCAGCCCAAAGUUUCCGAGUAGACAGCGCCUCAUCAACAUUACCUAGGCCCAAACAUGUUCACCCGCGCCCUGCUCCUCAGAGGUCUCGCAGUGUGAGUGACCUGUCUCAAUAUCGGCGGGACAAUGCUGGAAUGUACAGGUUGUAUGAAAAACCGCUCUUCACCCGGGAUGCCUCACAGCUGAAAGGCACUUUCCUCAGCACCACUCUUAAAAAAAGCAAUAUGGGCUUUGGAUUUACCAUCAUUGGUGGGGAUGAGCCCGACGAAUUUCUCCAGGUGAAGAGUGUUAUUCCUGAUGGACCUGCAGCACAAGAUGGCAAAAUGGAAACAGGUGAUGUCAUUGUCUACAUUAAUGAAGUUUGUGUCCUUGGACAUACUCAUGCAGACGUAGUCAAACUCUUCCAGUCUGUUCCCAUUGGUCAGAGUGUCAACCUGGUGCUAUGUCGUGGAUAUCCUCUGCCCUUUGAUCCUGAAGAUCCUGCCAACAGCAUGGUGCCACCACUCACAGUUAUGGAGAGACCUCCAGUAGUAGUAAACGGAAGACAUAACUAUGAAACUUAUUUGGAAUACAUUUCUAGAACUUCUCAGUCUGUUCCAGAUGUAACAGAUCGGCCACCACAUUCGUUGCACUCCAUUCCAGCAGACAGUCAGCUUGAUAGCACAUUCCCACCACCCAUUCAUGAUGAUAAUGUCUCAAUGGCUUCUUCAGGGGCCACUCAAGCUGAACUCAUGACCUUAACCAUUGUGAAAGGGGCCCAGGGCUUUGGCUUCACUAUAGCAGACAGUCCAACAGGACAGAGAGUGAAGCAGAUUUUAGAUGUUCAGGGGUGCCCUGGUUUAUGUGAAGGUGACCUCAUUGUUGAGAUCAACCAGCAGAAUGUACAGAACCUGAGCCAUGCAGAAGUAGUGGAUAUACUUAAAGAAUGUCCAGUUGGAAGUGAGACUUCUUUGUUUAUCCAUAGAGGAGGGUUCUUUUCACCAUGGAAAACUCCAAAGCCUAUGAUGGAAAAAUGGGAGAAUCAAGGCAGUCCACAGACAAGUUUAUCUGCUCCAGCUGUGCCACAGAAUAUUCCCUUUCCACCCACCCUUCACAGGAGUUCUUUCCCCGACUCAACAGAGGCCUUUGACCCAAGAAAGCCUGACCCAUACGAGCUGUAUGAGAAAUCACGAGCUAUUUAUGAAAGUAGGCAACAAGGGCCACCCAGGACGGGUGUUCGAAUGGAUUCCUCGGGUUCAGAUUACAAGGAGUUAGAUGUUCAUCUUCGGAGAAUGGAAUCUGGAUUUGGCUUCAGAAUUCUUGGAGGAGAUGAACCAGGACAGCCAAUUCUGAUUGGUGCAGUAAUUGCUAUGGGCUCGGCAGACAGAGAUGGCCGCCUGCACCCGGGCGAUGAGUUGGUCUACGUUGACGGAAUCCCCGUGGCUGGCAAAACUCACCGAUAUGUGAUUGAUCUCAUGCACAACGCGGCUCGAAAUGGGCAAGUGAAUCUUACUGUGAGAAGAAAGGUGCUACCUACAGGAGAACCAUGUCCAGAGAAUGGCAGAAGUCCAGGCUCUGUGUCUACCCACCACAGUUCUCCAAGAAGUGACUAUGCUACAUACGCUAACAGCAAUCAUGUUGGGUCAAGUAACAAUGCUACACCCCCCGAGAGCUUUCCUUCACACAGCUUGCAAACAAGCGAUGUCAUCAUCCAUCGCAAAGAAAAUGAAGGGUUUGGCUUCGUAAUCAUUAGCUCCUUGAACAGGCCUGAAUCUGGGUCAACAAUGGCUGUACCCCAUAAAAUAGGCAGGAUAAUUGAUGGGAGUCCUGCUGAUCGCUGUGCGAAAUUAAAAGUCGGAGACCGGAUCUUAGCUGUGAAUGGCCAGUCUAUUAUUAACAUGCCUCAUGCAGAUAUUGUGAAGCUAAUUAAAGAUGCUGGUCUUAGUGUAACUCUUCGCAUCAUUCCUCAGGAGGAGCUGAGCAGCCCAGCUUCCGCACCGAGCUCAGAAAAACAGAGUCCCAUGGCGCAGCAACACAGCCCUGUGACUCAGCAGAGCCCUGUAGCACAGCCCACACCUCCACAGCCUCUACAGACUCAAGGACAUGAAAAUAGUUAUAGGUCAGAGGUAAAAGCCAGGCAGGAUGUGAAACCUGACAUUCGGCAACCUCCAUUUACAGACUAUAGGCAACCUCCAUUAGAUUACCGGCAUCCGCCAGUAUUAGAUUACCAGCAAUCCCCCCCUUUGGACUACCGGCAACCCCCUUUGAUAGACUACCGGCAACAUUCUCCUGACACCAGACAAUUUCCCUUAUCAGAUUACAGACCGCCUCAGGAUUUUGAUUAUUUUACUGUUGACAUGGAAAAGGGAGCCAAAGGGUUUGGAUUCAGUAUUCGAGGUGGAAGAGAAUACAAAAUGGAUCUCUAUGUCUUGAGAUUGGCAGAAGACGGGCCAGCAAUAAGAAAUGGACGAAUGAGGGUGGGAGAUCAAAUUAUUGAAAUCAAUGGGGAAAGUACAAGAGAUAUGACGCAUGCCAGAGCAAUAGAACUCAUCAAAUCUGGUGGCAGAAGAGUGCGAUUGUUACUAAAACGUGGAACUGGACAGGUCCCAGAAUAUGACGAACCAAACUCCUGGAGUUCUCCCGCUGCCACCUCCCCAGGUCUGUCGGAAGUAACCAUUUCCCCUGAUGACAUUGUCUCGCCAUUAUCUUCAUCACAUCUAGCCCAAUCUUCUGACCCUUCCCGCCAGAUAAACCCAGAAUCAGCUUGGGAUAUCAAGAGGGAACAUCAUGUAAAAAAACCAAAGGAGCUUUCAGUAAAUGGCCAUAAAAAGAAAAGGUUAGGUGAACAGACAGAGAGAUCUGCAAGUCCUAAGAAGGUAGACAGGUCAAAGCCUGAAGCGGUUUUGAGGAAAGCAAGCUCAGAAGGCAAGAGUAAGACCAGUGAAAGUGGCAGGUCACUGCCGGAAAUUAAGGCAGCGGGACUGAACACGAUGGCUGAGGCUGGCGUCAGAGAACAUGGAUGUGCUGGAACCAAUGAUGAAUGGGUUGGGAGAUCCAAGUGGCUGGGAAGCAAAAGAGGGGGAUCCCUUGGAACAAAGGAUCAUUAUGUCCCGGUUGCUGCAGAGAAGAAAUCGGCUGCAGCUUCCGAACACGUCAAGCUGGAUUCCACUGGUGCUACCAAGACGUACAGUAGCAAUAGCUGCAGCUCUCACGGAAGUGACAUGGAUCAUAACCAGAAAGAAUCCGACAGGAAGCCCAGUGAAUUCUCACGGAAGGGACAUGUCCAUUCCAUUUCAACACACAAUACCAACCCUACAGCUCGGAAGGCAACUGUCUCACCAGGACCAUGGAAGAUUCCUGGUUCUGAUAAGCUACCUGGUGUUCUAAAAUCUAGCACUUCUGCAAUGAGCAGAUAAGUCAACUGUUACCGUUGCCUUCUCAUUGUUUCACAGUGAUGCAGAACAUCCUUCUUAUUUCUGUCUCACAUUGUUUUAAUUUAUUUUAACUCAUAUACAUACAUGCUCAAAAUACAGAGAAAUGAAAACAGUAAUGUGUAAUUCUAUGACAACAUGCAUAAUGUCUUAAUAAGUUAAUGGAAGAUAUAGUCACUCUUGUAUCUAAAUGUGACCUUAAUGUACCCAGUUUCAUUUCAGAGACUUUGGCAGCUAUGGAAGAAACCAAAAUAAUAUGAAGGACAGUUGACCCACAAAGACAGUGCAGUGUAGCUUUAGUUUGAUGUUUUCCACUGCAUGAAGGACUUGGGAUUUUCAUUCAGACUUUAUAUCAAGAAACUGGAAGAAGUUAGAGCAAUCAUAAACUGGAACAUCGCCUUAAAUAAAACUGCACGGAGAAAGUUAAAAGUGGAAAUAGAAUAUUUUAUCUGAAUUAAAUGUUGUAAAUAAAUAGUUCUCAACAUAUCUAGACAGGGGUUUGAACCAUUUGAAAUUGUAAAUCCAUGGUAUGUCUCUACUGUUAACACUUUGGAAAAAAAACUGCCCAAUAUUAGUAGCAUAAUUCAUUAUGCAGGGUGAGGAACCCUAGUGGAUUAGCUGAAGCAGAAUCAUUUCUACUUCCAUUCUGUGAACAAUCCAUCUUUCUGUACAUUGAGAAAAGAGGGUGGAACUGUAUUCAGAAAUCUAGCCUCAAAAGCAUCUUAUGGAUUUCUCCCCACACACGCAUGCAUACAGGCACACCUAUAGAUUGGGAUUCCCAAAUAUCACAUAGGUUUCACGUGGGUAAUUGUAACAUACAAUUGCUGGAUCACUAUAAUGAGACAGUGAUUCUUGAAAGAUUAAAAGCUGAAGUUUCCUAUCAGAACAGCCUUGGUCUCCUGCAGGAACUCAUAAUCGUCUAAAUACUAAUUCAGCUUGUUUUUAAAAUGACCAUCUUUGAAUUUUAUUCUUCAUUGCACUCUAGAAAGUCUAAAAUAGUUGUCCAGAACAGUCCUAUUUUAUUAUAUAAACCCACCAGGCAACUACGUGUUUCUUCCUUCCAUAUUCUAUGUCUCUCUUGCUUUUAAAUUUCACGUCUUCAGUGCCAUGAUAACAUUUCAUUUGCACACCGAUGAAGUGUGGCUUCUUCAAUGAGCUCCAUGAAUCAACUCUUAUUUCUGAGAGGUUUGCUAUUUUUUUUUAAGCAACAGCAAUAGGAACAAGAGUAGCAGCACUCAGUAAUAAUGUUUUGUUUUGUUUUUUAGGAAAAUUAUUAUUUAACUUGAAAACAUUUCUCUGGCAAACCCUCAUAUUGCUCAGAAGUAACACUGUUUGGUGAGCAGAAUCCAGUUACUUUUAAGAUCAGUGGAAGUUUUGAUUUGGAGAGGGGUAUGAAAAAGUGAUGGAAUAUUAGCCAAACAGCAGAUCACCAUCUUGUUAGUCCCAUUCAACCAACAAUCAGAGUUACCCGUGUUUCAUUUGUUUUCUUUAGGAGCUACGGAGCUAUCUUUCUACUAAAUUAGAAUGAAAAGAAGAAAGGAUUUUGCACCUUUGAAAAGAAAAUGCAUAUUUAAGAUCUAGUCCCAUUAUAGUUUUUUUAAGAAAGCACAAAGAUAUGUAGCUGUUUACAAAAUAGAAUAUCUAUCUGUCUAUAUAUAUUAAUUAAAAAAAUAGAGAUAUAUCUUUAUUCCCAGCCUAGACAUUUGGCAUAAUUUGCUGUUAAUUUAUUAAAUAUGAAAUGUGGACAGGACUUCUCUAAUUAGUAGGGAAGGCCAUGUCCUGCUAUCUCACUUCCUUCAUAUAAUGAACAGGAACAAACAGCAAAGGGGAAAAAACUGAGAUUCUGUUUGCAUAAACUCCAGUUUGCACACUGUCCAGCCCUCCUUUGUGCAGAUCACUGCUUUAUGCGGCUGUAAUUGAUAACCUGUGAAGACAUCAUUUAAACCCCAUUCCAAAUAAUAUUUCUGUGUAGUGUUAGCUGUGAAUUUACCUUGUACAGCUCUAUUGCUAUAAAUAUAAUUCCAUGUAUUAAUAGUCACAGAAAAGCUGUAAGUGAGCAACUAUUUUUAUGAAACACACCACUAUGGAUAAAUUAACUUUUACAGAAAUCUUGUUUACUGUAUGAUAUUCUAAACCACUCAAAUAAAAUAUAUAU